AUGGCAACCUCUCUUGUGGUCCCGAAGCGGCCGUUUGUCACCCUGCCAUUCCUGCUCCCUUCCUGCACAGAUGCCCUCGCUUUAGGGUCCCGGCGCCAUCAAUCCUCCUACCGACGCACCAAGCAACGCCUUCGUGUCAAGCCAGAUGCCUCCUUUGGCCCUUCACACCAAGGCCGUGAUCACAUCAUCUACAAUCCACCAUCAAGCGCCCCCUCGGUCUACCACACCCCUAACAAAUUCUUACCUGCCAAUGACGCCCGAAGAACGAUGCGUUCCGAAACACCUGCAAGCUUCAAUGCCACCAAUCUCCCCAAUGUGCACAAAAUCAAUGACGAGGCCAAAUACCACCUGACUCCCUCCGACAUUGAAGAAAUUCGCAAACUCCGAUUGAGCGACCCGAUGACAUGGAGCCGACACAAGCUGGCCAAGCGCUUUGAGUGCUCGCCUCUCUUCAUUGCCAUUGCCUGUGAGGCUAGUCCCGAGAAGAAGCAAAUUCAAAAGCAAGUUCUAGAAGCGGUUCAAUCACGAUGGGGACCAAAGCGACGGAUGGCCAGGGAGGACCGACAACUCCGCCGGGAAGCCUGGGGUCGUGAUGAGUGA